AAAACAUUCCAACCGAAAAGUGAGGUUAACAAAACAAAAUUUUCACUUCCUGGAACUUUGCAUUACCUCCUUCUCCAUAAAGUUUAUAAUUAAUUAGUUGAAGAUAUCAUUGGUGAUCAUCUGAAGACAAUGGGUGAUUUAGGCGAAGAGAGCCAAUUUGUCGUCGAUGAAGUAAGUGCCAUUAUUAAACAAGCUAUUGAGGAUGCCAUUGGUGGCAAUGCAUACCAACAAAGUAAAGUCAACCAGUGGACCUCCACAGUAGUUGUAUCCUGUCUAACUGCCUUAACAAAAUUAGAAAAAUCUUUCAAAUAUAUAGUAACUUGUACAAUAAUGCAAAAGAACGGCGCUGGAUUACACACCUCAAGCUCAUGUUAUUGGGACAAUGCUACAGAUGGCAGUUGUACUGUCCGUUGGGAGAAUAAAACAAUGUAUUGUAUUGUUUCAGUCUUUGGACUGGCCAUAUGAAAUUAUUCCAAAAUCAUAUCAGACUGUUUUUUUUUUUAAAUCUUAUGUAUUUAUUUAAUUCCAAGACUUGUAUUAAACUUGUAAUUUGACUUUUGUUUUCUAUUUUAACUAUGUUUAGUCUAUCGUCAUAAUCUAAUUUAUUUUUUAGAUUUAAUUAAAUUAUACUUUGUUUUAUUUUUUUUUUAUUAUGGGCUUCGAGGUGAGAGGACAACCCACUGACCAAUGGAACAAAGCUGGACAGCAUUAACAUUAUAAAAGUGGUAGUUGUACUAUGUACAUAUUCCACUUUUGAAUAUUAAUAUGAACUUCGUUUUGUGUGCUAAUUUAUUAUGUAAACUAACUGUCAUUAAUGCUUGAAUAAUCUAAAAAAAAUACACUGCGCAGAAAAUUCUUA